AGGUCGCAAACACCCAACGAUGGUGAAGUCAUAUUUUAAAUUCGAGCAUUCGAAGACUUUCGGGCUCAUUGCGUCCGGCUCGUCGAAUGCGAUCUGGGCCCGGGACGAUGAACUCGCGGGUUCCGCACGUCGAACAGGCUCUGGGCGAGCCUUCGUGGGUGCGAGCGAGGAAGUUCUCUGUUGGGACAUUAAGAAGGGUGAACUACUGGGCAGAUGGCACGAUACGUCUUGCAAGGCGCAGGUCACGAUAAUCACGCAGAGCAAAACGGAUGAGGAUAUUUUUGCGGUCGGUUAUGAAGACGGCAGUAUUCGUAUCUGGGAUUCACGGACCGAGACGGUUAUUAUUUCCUUCAAUGGCCACAAGUCCGCCAUCACUCAGCUUGCCUUCGAUAGCACAGGGGUCCGCCUCGCAAGUGGUUCGAGAGACACGGACAUCAUUGUAUGGGAUCUGGUUGCGGAAGUCGGACUUUUCAAACUGCGCGGACACACCGAUCAGAUUACAUCGCUCCAUUUUCUUACCCCGUCCAUUGAAUUGCUCAAUGAAGCCGGUCUCAGUGAGCAUGCGGGUUUUCUGUUGACGACUGGAAAGGAUGCUCUCAUCAAAGUAUGGGACUUGGCUGCGCAACACUGCAUCGAAACACAUGUGGCACAGUCCAACGGCGAGUGUUGGAGCCUGGGUCUCUCGCCCGACCAGAGUGGUUGUAUUACGGCAGGAAAUGAUGGAGAACUGAAGGCCUGGUCGAUUGAUGAGAGUGCUAUGAUUCACAUUUCCAAAGAGAAGGUCGGCUCGGAGGGACAGAAGAUCUUGACGGACCGGGGCACGUUUUACCGAAAUGGAAAGGACCGCACAAUCGGAAUCAGCUUUCACCCUCGAGCGGACUACAUUGGAAUCCACGGAUCUGAGAAGGCAGUCGAGAUUUGGCGUAUUCGCUCGCAGACCGAGGUGCAAAAGAGUCUGGCUAGGAAGCGCAAGAGGAGAAAGGAGAAGGACGCGCAGCGUGCAGCUGACAAGGAUGGAGCAGCUGCUGAGGAUGCCAUUGAGAAGUCAGAGGACGCCUCAUCUGCGCCUGUCUCGGAAGUCUUUGUUCCUCACACUAUUGUACGCACUGGCGGUAAGGUCCGGUCCUUUGACUGGAUUCGCACGAAGUCAAGUGGAAGUCUGCAACUUCUGGCCGCGACCACAAACAACCAACUUGAAGCUUACAGCGUUGUGACCGCGAACAAGAAGAACAAGGAUGAGGAGGAGCCGGACUAUAGCCGGAACUUGGCAGUCGACAUCCCCGGCCACCGCACCGACAUUAGAUCUGUUGCAUUGAGCUCGGACGAUCGGAUGCUGGCGUCUGCCUCCAACGGCAGUCUCAAGAUCUGGAACGUCCGGACCCAAAGCUGUCUGCGUACUCUUGAAUGUGGCUAUGCUCUGUGCUCUGCUUUCCUUCCUGGUGACAAGAUUGUUGUUGUCGGAAACAAGGAUGGCCAGCUUGAGGUUUUCGAUAUCGCCUCAUCGACCCUUCUGGAUACGAUCAAAGCCCACGACGGGCCGGUCUGGUCCAUUCAAGUCCAUCCUGACGGCAAGUCUUUGGUGAGUGGUAGUGCCGACAAGUCUGCAAAGUUCUGGAACUUCCAGGUGGUUCAAGAAGAAAUCCCGGGUACCAAGAGAACAACCCCCCGACUCAAGCUGGUGCACACGAGAACGCUUAAGGUUUCGGAUGACAUUCUUAACGUUCGCUUCUCCCCUGAUGCUCGGCUGCUGGCUGUUGCGCUUCUGGACAACACGGUCAAGGUCUUCUUUGUUGACUCCCUCAAACUCUUCCUCAACCUUUACGGCCACAAGCUGCCUGUUCUCAACAUGGAUAUUUCUUGGGACAGCAAGCUGAUCGUCACGUGUUCGGCCGAUAAGACCGUUCGUAUCUGGGGCUUGGACUUUGGUGACUGCCACAAGUCCUUCUUGGCCCACGAGGACAGUGUCAUGGCUGUUGCUUUCGUUCCGAACAACAAGGAUGGUAACGGGCACAACUUCUUCAGUGCUAGCAAGGAUCGAGUGAUCAAGUACUGGGACGGUGACAAGUUUGAGCACAUCCAAAAGCUGGCCGGUCACCAUGGUGAAAUCUGGGCUCUGACUAUCAGUCACUCGGGUGAUUUCAUCGUCACCGCUAGUCAUGACAAGAGCAUCCGAACCUGGGAGCAAACUGACGAGCCUUUGUUCCUUGAGGAAGAGAGGGAGAAAGAACUGGAAGAGAUGUACGAUAACAACCUGAUGGCGUCCCUGGAUCAGGACGAGGAUGGCCAGGAUGGAGAGAAGGCUGAAGCCGUUGACGCUGGUAAACAAACUGCGGAGACAUUAAUGGCAGGUGAAAAGAUUAUGGAGGCAUUGGAUCUGGGUAUGGAGGACUUGGAGGUUAUGCGCCAAUGGCGCGCUCUCAAGGCCAGACAGCCUAACGCUGCACCCCCACAGCGCAAUGCCCAGUACAUGGCUCUGAACAACAUUUCAGCAGAGCGGUAUCUCCUGAACGUCGUUCAGAAGAUCCCCGCAGCUGCGCUUCAAGACGCUCUGCUUGUCCUGCCCUUCUCAAAGGUGCCUGCUCUCUUCACGUUCCUCAAUAUCUGGGCUAGUCGCGAGUGGAACAUCCCCCUUACCUGCCGUGUGCUGUUCUUCAUCCUGAAAACUCACCACCGGCAGAUCGUCGCUAGCAAGAUGAUGAGGCCGAUGCUGGACGGUAUCCGAUCCGCACUGCGCAAGGUCCUGGCUCGUCAGAAGGGCGAGAUGGGCUUCAACCUGUCGGCUCUGCAGUUCGUCGGCCAACAGAUCCAGGAACAAAGCACGAAGGAUUACAUCGACGAAGCCGCUUACGAGGAGCAGGAGAGGCAGACGGGCACGGGCAAGAAGCGGCAGUUCAUGAGCAUUGCCUGAUUGCGCGUGGGCCAGCAAUAUAUACCUACCUGUACUACACAUGCAUCUGACUGGCGUUGAGACCUGUGAUUUUUCUGUUUUGGAUUUUUGGCUACGAAAAGUUCUAUACCUGGAGUUACACGUUCGCGAACGGCUUCGAUACAAUGUAAAUCGAUAUAGAGAUAUGUCAAAUUAUGAAACGAUCCGUCAAUAGCUUCCAACAUGAC